CGGCAGGGGGCGGUGUCUCUCUCUCUGGUUCCUUUCUAUCCCCCGUCUCGCUGUUUCCGGUGUCCUCUCUGUGUUCUCGGCUGGUGAGAGCGGCUGGAGCUGCGGAUUUGCAGAAUGUUGUCCUCAAGGCUUCUGAGCUUAGUUGGAAGAAGAGCGCUUUCUACCUCUGCCUGUCUGCAAGGACAUGCUGGUGUUGUGAAAGUCGAAUCGUACAGCCUUCCUAUAUAUGUGGAUCGCCGGGAAAUGCCACUUCCAGAUAUUGCUUUCACUGACAGUCUUACUGCUGAACAGAAAGCUUUGAAAGAAAAGGAGAAAGGCACAUGGGCAUCAUUGAGUGUCAAUGAGAAGCUAGAGUUGUACCGUAUAAAAUUCAAUGAGACUUAUGCUGAUAUGAACAAGGCAUCAAGCGAAUGGAAGACUAUCAUUGGAGGCACACUCCUCUUAAUGGGAUUGACUGGUUUUGUUGUAAUUUGGCAGAGAAAAUAUGUUUUUGGGGAUGUCCCGCACACUCUGUCCGAAGAAUGGGUUGCUGCUCAGACAAAGAGGAUGUUGGACAUGAGAAUCGAUCCAAUAGAAGGUUUCUCAGCCAAAUGGGACUAUGACAAGAAUGAAUGGAAGAAAUAGAAAACUCCAUCACUUACCACUCCAAUUGCACAGACAAUAACCUGUCUGGUCCAUUCCUGACCUCAUACCUCAUUAUUUCUUCACUGGAAUGUAUCCUCCAACCGAAUAUUACCAAUAAAGUGCUGGUUUACUUGAAA